UAGUACGUCAUUAUUCUUGUCCAUAUUCUUUGAGAGAGAAUUAGAGAGAGAUGGAAGAAAACAAAAUGGCACACCCACCCACUAAUACCUAAACAGCAGUCUUUGAGAGAGGACUAUAGUCAUCUAGCUAAUCAUACAAAUUACCCAUCUCCAAUCCGUCCCCAGCGUCGUCCUCCCUACUUCUCUCUCUCUCUGUCUCCCCCCUCUUCCUCCUUUUCCUUUUCUUCUUCACUGUUCCAGUUCCAAUUUGCUUUGUUGAUUCCUGCACAUAUAUAGCAAUACAUACACACAUGGCAAUAUGCCAUCUUCUUGGUCUGUGAUCUACUAGUUGCAGGCCUUGAUUGCAAGCUUGCAACAACAAGCAGAUAUAUAUAGCUCAAUCACCAGCAGCUAGUGCGCAUGAACUCCACCGCCAUGGAUCAAAUAGGCAAGUACUGGGGCAUGUGGGGUGCAAGGAGAAGCGGCGGCAGCAGCAGCACCGCGAGCCCCAUCCCUGCUUGGGCGGAGGCGGCGGCGGCGGCGGCCGGUAGCGAGCCGUCGUGGGAGGAACAGGCUUUUGCGCGCGAUGCGGCAGCGCACCUCGGCGGCUGCGUGUGGCCGCCGCGCUCCUACUCGUGCACCUUCUGCCAGCGCGAGUUCCGGUCGGCGCAGGCGCUCGGUGGCCACAUGAACGUCCACCGCCGUGACCGAGCUCUUCUCCGGCAAGGGGUCUCGUCCCCCGAAGACGUGCACGCCCCCAAUGAUCAGCCACAGCAAGGGUCUUUCCUCUACAGGGCAGCUUCUAAUAACCCUAGCACCAUGACGGCGACUACUGCGGCAGGUACUACUGCCGGCUCAGCAGCCAAAUUUAAAGGGGAUGCGCAGGACACCACUACUACUCCUACUUCCUACUUAUCAACCAUUAUCAAGGAGAGAAAGAACACGCUCCUCAUGUCGAUGCCAGCCUCCAUAGAGAUGAGAGAUGACCGUCAGGCCAUACAUCAGUGCGAUCAUGGGGACAGCGACGGCGAGGAGUCAGCAAGGACGACAAAGAGGAGGCGUUUGAAUCAUCCUUCGGCGGCGGCACUUCUGAUCUUUGUGAAGCCUUUGGCGGCGGCUACUGAGGUCACAGGAGGAGGUGAAUCAUCACAGGCGUUACAAGGACUUGAUCAUUAUGCAAAGAGAUUGUGCGGCGGAAGGCUUGGAUUCUUCCCACUUGUCGUGGGCUGCAGCUGCAGAGGCAGGAGGACUGAAGGGUGGGCCUCUUGUGUUUGUGGGUGGCCCAUCUGAGCCACAGCGUGUGGUUUGCUCGCUUCUGCGGUGGAGCAAUUAAAUUAAUUCUUCAUCAGACGACGACGAACAGCUAAGACAUGAUGGAUGGAUCGUUCGGUGUUGCUCUAGAAUAUUCACUCAUCAUUCAUGUCGAUCGUCUACUAGCUAUCUGCU